AUGAAUGUUUUAACUUUAAAUAAUGAAACAUUAGCAGAUAUGGCUAAACGACUUCGAAGAACUGAUCUAGAUUCAAUACUUGACCCAGAAACCAAUGAACGAUCGCAUUCAGAUAUCCAAUCAGGUAUUCAUUUACCUUCGACAGCACCAAUAUUGGCUUUCUAUUCUUCUUCUAAAUUGCCACAUCCAACAGUAGAUCCAUUUAUGAGUGGAAAUCUUGGUUUUUUCCUUCACUUAAAUAACAGCGGUGGUUUUACAAUCGCAAAAGAGAAUAAAUUGAUUAUCAUAGAUCAUCAAUCAUCUGCAUCGAAAGAACAACAUACAACAUAUGGAUCUGAUGAUUCAAUAGGAACAAUUGAAAACCAAUCAGCAUGUGAUGACGAAUCAACGGCAACAUCGUCAGCAUCGAACACACAAGUGGUGAAAAAUUUAACAUGUUCUUUAACACAAGAAAUCUUUAUUAUUCACCAAUGA